CUAAGCUAGUUUAUAUAAUUCACAUAACUAGAAGUAAUUAAUCUGACUCCCCCACCUCCCACCCCACCACACACACACACACAAACCACCAUGACCGAACCAGAACAUGUUCGUCCGUUAGCUCCGGCGACCGUACUUCCGUUGAGCGAUUAUCCAGCCACCAACAAACAAGCUCUCCAUCGUCGCAGAAACCGAAUAAAGUGUUUAAUCUGCGUCACAGUAACAUCUAUAAUUCUCAUCACGAUCGUGUUGUCUUUAGUCUUCACGGUGUUCCGAGUCAAAGACCCCAUCAUAAAAAUGAACGGCGUAACAGUCAACGGUCUUGACUCGACCACCGGGACUCAGAUCCAACUGUUGGGAACAAACAUCUCGAUGAUCGUCGACGUGUCGGUCAAGAACCCGAACUCUGCGUCGUUUAGGUAUUCGAACACAACGACCGAUAUAUAUUACAAAGGAACGGUGGUGGGUGAAGCACGUGGGCCACCGGGAAAGGCGAGAGCGCAUCGGACGGUGAGGAUGAACAUGACGGUUGAUAUUAUGAUAGGUCGGUUUCUGAUGGAUCCGGGUUUGGCUCGAGAAGUAAGUGGGUCGGGUCUUUUGAACGUGUGGAGUUACACUAGGGUUAGUGGUAAGGUGAAGAUACUGGGGAUUGUGAAGAAACACGUAACGGUUAAAAUGAACUGCACGAUGGCUGUGAACAUCACUCGACAGGCUAUUCAAGAUACUGAGUGCAAGAAAGAUAUCGAUCUUUGAGUUUUUCGGUUUCGAAAGGUAUAAGUUAUGAACUUAUGAUAUGUAUUCACGUUUUUAAUCGUUUUAUUUCUUUGAUUGGAUCACCAUGAUGAUACAUUUGUAUAAAGUAUAUAUGUUUUGAACUAUUAUAGUUCUAAUUUUCUCA